UUUGUUGAUCUUUUUUUACAGUUAUAAUUUCCUUUUUUGUAGUGAUGACACGGAAUAUGAAUUGGUUAACGAUUGUUGUUCUAACUUCAUUAGUGACGUCGUCUUUCCAAGAGGUAACCACACCAGAGUCAUAUGAUUAUACCCCAUCAAAUAGCACAUACGAAUACUCUUACGAUUAUGGCAGUGAGUAUGAAAGUAACUCAACGAUGAUUGAAGAAAAUUCUGAGGAGGAAAACUCGUUCAUGAUGACUGUAGAACAAAUAGGAAGCGGUGUUACAUCCAUACAGGGUCUAGUUGAUCAAAUUGAGGAUGCUCAAAACGCUGGCCAAACUUAUCUACAACUUCCUGAACAACUUGACCCUGCAAAGACAAACGUUACACUCGAGGUACGAUAG